AUGCUGGCGCUGCGGCGGCUGCACGAGGCGGCGCUGCUGCUGCUGCUGCGGCCGCGCCGGGGCCGCCCGGCCGCCUCCGAGGUGCUGAGCCAGCACCUGCGCCAGCGCGGCCUGCCCCACUGGACCUCGUACUGCGUCAAGUACAGCGCGGUGCGCAACGACCAGUUCGGGCUGUCGCACUUCAACUGGCGCGUGGACGGCGCCAACUACCACGUCCUGCGCACCGGCUGCUUCCCCUUCGUCAAGUACCACUGCUCGCGCGCCGCGCCGCGCGACCUGGCGCUGCAGAACGCGGCCUUCAGCGCCCUCAAGCUCCUCAACGCCGGCAUCCCGACGUUGCUAUAUGGAAUUGGCUCCUGGUUCUUUGCCAGUGUCACAGAGACUGUUCAUACAAGUCAUGGCCCAGUCACUAUUUAUUUCCUAAAUAAAGAAGAUGAAGGUGCAAUGUACUGAAAUAACACCCUCGAGUACCUGUCCUUUGGUGGGUUCCCGUGUUACAGCUACUACAAAUACCUACUGCCUCAGAAUACCAAAAAAAAAAAAAAAAAAAAAAAAAGACAAUUCUCAAUAUCUAUCUUAAUUCAAGGAAGAGUCUUCAGGAGGCCUUCUUUUUGAUGAAAAUAAGUUUAUUUUUGCAGAGGUUACUAAAAGGUUAAAGCCUUGGGAGAAGAAUUAGUAUUUUUAAGAGUGUUUGAGUUUGCUAAAGUCAGGGAUAAGAACUGUUGAACAAACACUGGAAUAUUUUAAAAAGAUUUACCUAUCAAGYUACAGAACUGAACUAUAUUGUGUGGGAAAGGAAACUUUCUCGAAGUAUGGAAUGUAAUUCUAAGCUGCUAGGAUACACRCUGUGACUAGAUGUUUUAUAAAUAUAUUGAUUGGCAUAGUUGCCAGAUUGUUUGAAWGAGUCCAUGACAGUGUUUCUUUGCAGCUGCCUGGAACACUUUGGGAAAACCACCACCCCAGAAGAUUAUUUAUG